GUGGCUGUUGACUAGCCCCUCAAACUGAGUAGAGCAGAAAUAUCUGCAGAUAUAUGUGCGGGUCGAUGUGUAUGGGGUGUGGGUAUGGAUGAGUGGACAGAUGGAAGGAUGGGUAAGUGUUUGGAUGGACUAAUGGAUAAAUAAAUAGAAGGUUGCAUGGAUCAAUGAUGGAUAGAUUAGGAAAUAAAUGGACGGAUGGAUAGGUGAUGGGAUGAAUAAAUGGAUAGGCGGGUUGGUAGGUGGAUAGGUAGGAUUGACAGGUGCAAAUGUAGGUGGACAGAUGGAUGACUAGGGGAAUGUGGAUGGAUGAGUGGGCAGAUGGAUGAGCUAAUGAAUGAGAAGAAAAAGGUGGAUAAAUGAUGGGCAAGGGCUAUGGAUGGACAGACAGAGGAAGUUACAUAUGAAUAGGCUGGUGAAUAGUUUGGUAGAUAGGGUAAAUAUACAAAUGGAUGAGUGAGUGGGUGGGUGAAGGGAUGGAGAAAUGGACAAAUCGGGAGUGUGAUGAGUUUGCAAAUGGAGGGUUACAUGGAGAUAAAUUGAUUGAAAGGCUAUAAUUGGCCCUGCAAUACUGCUCUCCAGCACCACACAGCCUUCAUUACUAAAAAGGAGCCCUCUGCGCCAUGCCCUGUGCAUCUCCUUUCACAUCACUCCAUGUAUUGCUCCCAGUGACACCAUCAAGUUGGGGUAACUCUCCAUCUGACAAAUGAGGAAACUAUGCAAGUCACUUGCUCAAGGACACGGCAAGUCAGCAAAGCUGGGGUUUGAACCCAUCCGCACCAGAGGCACUUGGUACCUAGUGCUCUUGCCACAGGAGCAGAGCUCUCUAGGGGAGAACAUGAUAUGAGGCUCUAGAAUGUGAACAGAUGAAGGAGACUGCCCCUUAGAGGGGGGCCUGUCUGGGAAAGAACCUGGUAUGGGGGUAGAAUCUCCCUUGUCCCCAGCUGCACUCUCACCCCCCCAUUUCACAUUUGAAAACAGGAAGAUCGUACUUCAGUCCCAGCAGUCCUGGUUAGAGCUGGGCUUUAAUCUGUGGCCCCCAGCAGCUUUGGGGGCCUGGCCAUCUACAGAAAUGUUCCCCACCAGUACCCCUUCAUCCACCCCUUCUCCAGCCUUGCGGGGGUGGGGCAGGGAGGGGACACAGCGCUGCAUCAUUCCCUGUGGCACUCCACUCUAGGGCCAUUAAAUAGACGCCUCUUCAUUGAUCGCAUCUGCUAAGUGCUGAUUCAGACGGUGGGGGUGGGGGACCCAAGGGGCAGGGGUGUAGGAGCUGGGCAGGAAGAGGGGUGAGCCCAGGAAGGAGGUGGGAAGAACUGGCAAAGCUCCCCACCACCCCCAUUUUCCAGAUGACGCGACUGAGGCCCAACCAGCUUUGUAGGAGGCGGAGUCUCCCCAGGGUCCCUCUCAGGCAGUCCUAGGGGAAGGGGCUCUGCGAGCCAAGAGGCCCCUCCCUGCCUCUCCAUCUUCCGGCUAGCUCAGAGGGGCGGGGAGAGAGCCAGAGGAGGAGGAGAGAUUGGGCAGCUCUGCAGAGGGGGGCAGGAGCUCCGGUGUUUGGUACCCCCAGCCCCUCCGCUGUUGCCGCUGCUGCAGUGGGGACACAGGUGAGGUUGGCCCUGUGGGAAGUGGGAGGGGGCCACCAACAGCGUCCUUGCCCUUCCCUGGUCCAGUCCGCACGCCCUUGCCCAUCCUGGGACAGUCCCCCGGGGUCCUGCUGGACCUCGUCCUUCCAGAACCUCCUUCCAGGGACCCAGCCCCCUCCCCUGUCUGUGCUGCCUUCACCCCCAGGCCUGGCUGUGGCUGCUUCUCCUCUUUUUCCUCUAACUGCUGCUGCUGCUACUGCUGCUGCCCAGCGAACACCAUCAGCCCCCCGGGGUGUGGUUUCCCAGACCAGCCCCCAAGAGUGGGAUGCGGUCUUAUCUUGGCCCCCCUCCUCAGCCUCCUGCAAGGCCCAGCAGCCCCGCUUCCUGGAGACACACCCAACUCCCUUACAACAUCCCACUCCAACCUCCGACCCACUUUGGAGAACACCCCCUCUUCCUCUUAGUCUUUUUCAAUCCUCUGGGUGCUCUGGGUCUGUGUGUAACUUCCUUCCAAUUGAGCUCCAGUCCCACAGGAUUCCCCAAGCCCCUUUUCUGUCCCUGGAACUCUUAUGAGGAUAGACCACGCUUUCUCAAACCCUUAGGUAUCCCUCUCUCCCUGACACCUCUUAGCCUCUGAAAAAAUAACCUAACCCCUUAUGUACCAUAUCAGAUACCCCACUCAUUUCUCUAGACCCACUAGGGACCCCACCUCUCUUUCAUUCUCCAGAACUACUUUAAAAUGUAGACACCCCCCAGGCUAUUCUUGGCAGCUCUAGGCACUCCCAAGACACCUCUCAGCCUCUUUACAACCUCUUGGCUCUGUAGACCUUCAUUAGAUGUAUCAACCCUUUUCCUAGGUCCAAGAAGGGUCUCCAACCUCCUUAUCUUUCCCCAGAGGUCUUCAGAGUGCGGACCACCUUCCUCACCUUUCUCACUCCCCCCGCUAAAACCCUUGUCCAGACACUUUCAGCCUCUUUCAAAUACCUCUACCCUUCUGGGCCCAUUUCUACCCUUCUGGAUGCCCCAAUCCUCUCUCCAACUGAUAAGUAGUUCUAGUCCCUCCUUCCUUUCCUCAGAACUCCUGAGAAUGUGGACAGCUCCCUAGUGUUUCUUGCUCCCACUAGAUACUCCCAGAUAUCUCUCAGGCACAUGUAGAUCCAUAUCAGUCUCUCUAAAUGCUCCCUCAGAUCCUUCUCUAUCCCCUCUAGACGCCCCUUCUCUGCUCCUUUCCAUAUCCCCUACCCCCUUUUCAGUCCCUCAAGACAUCCCCCAGGUCCCUCCCAGACCCUGUAAAUGGCCCCCAAGCUCCUGCCCCUGUCUCUAGUUCCUCCUCCAGGUUCCUCUUGGCAUCUCUAGACAUCCCCAGUUUCCUUGUGCGAGUGCCCCAGGUCCCCUCCAAGCCCCCACCAUCCUGGAGACAGCCACAUUCUCCUAAAGGCCACCGCCCCCAAGUCUCGGAGGGCCUGGGGUAAGCGGCAGGAUGGCGGCAGGCGUGGCCACGUGGCUGCCUUUUGCACGGGCUGCUGCAGUGGGCUGGCUGCCCCUGGCCCAGCAGCCCCUGCCCCCAGCGCCAGGGGUGAAGGCAUCUCGAGGAGAUGAGGUUCUGGUGGUGAACGUGAGCGGAAGGCGCUUUGAGACCUGGAAGAACACACUGGACCGCUACCCAGACACCCUACUGGGCAGUUCAGAGAAGGAAUUCUUCUACAAUGCUGAUUCGGGCGAGUACUUCUUCGAUCGCGACCCGGACAUGUUCCGACAUGUGCUGAACUUCUACCGCACUGGCCGUCUGCACUGCCCGCGGCAGGAGUGCAUCCAGGCCUUCGACGAAGAACUGGCCUUUUAUGGCCUGGUACCUGAGCUUGUUGGUGACUGCUGCCUGGAAGAGUACCGGGACCGCAAGAAGGAGAAUGCAGAGCGCCUGGCAGAAGAUGAGGAAGCUGAGCAGGCCGUGGACGGGCCAGCCUUGCGGGCUGGCAGCUCCCUUCGCCAGAGGCUUUGGCGGGCCUUCGAGAACCCACAUACGAGCACUGCAGCCCUCGUCUUCUACUACGUGACCGGCUUUUUCAUCGCCGUGUCAGUCAUCGCCAACGUGGUUGAGACCAUCCCGUGCCGCAGCCCCACGCGACGGCCUUCGAGGGAGCAGCCCUGUGGCGAACGCUUCCCGCUAGCCUUUUUCUGCAUGGACACGGCCUGUGUGCUCAUAUUCACGGGUGAAUAUCUCCUGCGGCUGUUUGCCGCCCCCAGCCGCUGCCGCUUCCUGCGGAGUGUAAUGAGCCUCAUUGAUGUGGUGGCCAUCCUGCCAUACUACAUUGGGCUCUUUGUGCCCAAGAACGAGGAUGUCUCUGGCGCCUUUGUCACCCUUCGUGUGUUCCGGGUAUUCCGCAUCUUCAAGUUCUCCCGGCACUCACAGGGCUUGCGAAUUCUGGGCUACACACUCAAGAGCUGUGCCUCUGAGCUGGGCUUUCUUCUCUUUUCCCUUACCAUGGCCAUCAUCAUCUUUGCCACUGUCAUGUUUUAUGCUGAGAAGGGCACAAACAAGACCAACUUUACUAGCAUCCCCGCAGCCUUCUGGUAUACCAUUGUCACCAUGACCACACUUGGAUAUGGAGACAUGGUGCCCAGCACCAUUGCUGGCAAGAUUUUCGGAUCCAUCUGCUCACUCAGUGGUGUCUUGGUCAUUGCCCUGCCUGUGCCAGUCAUUGUUUCCAACUUCAGCCGCAUCUACCACCAGAACCAGCGUGCUGACAAGCGCCGAGCACAGCAGAAGGUGCGUUCAGCAAGGAUCCGGUUGGCAAAGAGUGGUACCACCAACGCCUUCCUGCAGUACAAGCAGAACGGGGACCUUGAGGACAAUGGCAGUGGGGAGGAACAGGCAGUGUGUGUCAGGAACCGUUCUGCUUUUGAACAACAACAUCACCACUUGCUGCAUUGUCUAGAGAAGACAACGUGUCAUGAGUUCACAGACGAGCUAACCUUCAAUGAAGCCCUGGGUGCCGUCUCACUGGGUGGCCGUACCAGCCGCAGCACCUCUCUGUCCUCCCAGCCCGUAGGUCCUGGAAGCCUGCUAUCCUCUUGCUGCCCCCGCAGGGCCAAGCGCCGUGCCAUUCGCCUUGCCAACUCUACUGCCUCGGUAAGCCGUGGCAGCAUGCAGGAGUUGGACACUCUGGCAGGGCUGCGGAGGAGUCCUGCCUCUCAGAGUCGCUCAAGCCUCAAUGCCAAGCCCCAUGACAGCCUUGACCUGAACUGCGACAGUCGGGACUUCGUGGCUGCCAUCAUCAGUAUCCCUACCCCUCCUGCCAACACUCCAGAUGAGAGCCAACCUUCUUCUCCUGGUGGCAGUGGUGGUGGUGGGGCCAGCAGCAACCUCAGGAACUCCAGCCUGGGCACCCCUUGCCUCCUCCCUGAGACUGUCAAGAUCUCUUCCUUGUGAGGGGUGGGCCUGCCCAUCCAUAGGGCCCUCUUGAUUCUUGGGGACUCCUUUCCAAAGCCAUAUUUUGGGGAGACAGACAGGGGCAGGCUUGGGGACCUUGUCUUCCCCCAACUGAGAACUAUGCAAUGGAGUUUCAUGGAAUAGCCUACUUUGUGGGGAUGUAGUCAGGGAAUGGGACAUUCCCCAUACCCAUUUUCCUGGUGGGAGCUGAAUCGUUGAGCUUCCUCAGGCCCUGGCCUCCUUGCCUCGGCACAGUGGGACCAGACCCUCUCCCUGAGUUGGCCUCCUGCAUGCUCCUUCCCUUGGGCCCUCAGGCUCCCAGGCUCCCAUCUGACAUCUGAGCUCUGGCCUGAGAAGAAGAGGUGAGACUUCCUCUUCUCUUUAUCAGGACUGUGGAGGUUUGCGGGUUCAGGGAUUAGAACCAUUACCUCUGAUCUGGCCCCUCAGAGAGGUCCCCACCCUUCACCAGGCCCAACAACGCCCAAAUUCCAAGCUUGGAAUGCUGCCACAGGCUUCAAAGGCUGUGGCCUCAGCAGUGACCUUCCACCCCCAGGCUGUGGCUCAAGAGUGAGGCUGCCUCUCCCAACACACACAAAUAGCACAAACAUUACCCCUCUUCCCUAGCUGCUGGGAAUGGGUCCUCGCAACCCCAUCCUCUACUGGGCCCCCAGCAAACUCUAGCAAUAGCAUCUGCUGCCAUGACAUUAUGCAAAGCCUCUACCCAGUUUGCUGCAGCAUUUACAUCUGCCCUAAUCACAGGGGUCACUUCUCCUCUCUCCUCUGGUAUGCUUCCUUCCUGGGUUGGGCUGGAGUCUGGACUGACUGAGAUAAGCACCUGGCAACCAGCAAGGGCUGGGCCAGGUUUGGAGAUCACGAGCUGAUUCCCUGUUCUUGGGCAGGAGUCCAGAAGCCUCAGGGGCUGAGGCCUGGGUUGUUAUUGAACUCUGGGAGUUGUAGGAGGCAGGAAGAACUUCUUUAUCUUCUCCUCCCCCACAACAUCUGUUCAUGUAUUCCUCUCUCUUCUCCUUCUUGGGUCACCUUCUGGAACUCUGUUUUUGCACUCAGGCUGAUAUCUGGCAUCAUCUCAGGUUCCCUGUCCCCAGCACUGUCCCUGUGGAACUGGUGGCUGACAAAGAUGUAGUUUCCAUCAGUCAAUAAAACCUGAGAGGAGAGAUGAGGAUGA